AUGAGCGUCACCGUCGCCAAGUCCUUCUACGACCUGAGCGCCACCUCCUUGCAGGGGGAGAAGGUGGAUUUUAACGUUUUCCGGGGCCGCGUGGUCCUCAUCGAGAACGUGGCGUCGCUCUGAGGGACCACGGUGCGGGAUUACACCCAGCUCAACCAGCUGCAAGCCCGCUAUCCCCGCCGGCUGGUCGUGCUGGGCUUCCCUUGCAACCAGUUUGGCUACCAGGAGAACGGCACCAACGAGGAGAUCCUCAACUGCCUGAAGCACGUGCGGCCGGGGGGCGGCUUCGAACCCAACUUCACGCUUUUCCAGAAGUGCCAGGUGAACGGGCAGGACACCCACCCCGUCUUCGCACCCCACUUCCCCGCGCCGGCGGACGAGGCGGCACCCCUGAGGGCCGAGCCUCGCUUCCUCACCUGGAGCCCUGUCCGGCGUUCCGACAUCUCCUGGAACUUCGAGAAGUUCCUGGUGGGUCCUGAAGGGGAACCUUUCCGACGCUACAGC